AUGUCAAUCAAACUCUUUACCAUCUUGGUCGUCGCCUUGGCCUGUAUCUCAAUGUGCAAUGCUGAUUAUUGGAAUCCAAACAACAACAAUCAACAACAGCAACAACAACAACAACAACGUGAUGGUAAUUGGAACAACAAUCCAAAUGUCUAUUAUAACGCCAACGGAUAUUUCGCCCAGAAUCGCAAUGGCAACCUCCAGCAGCAACAGCAACAGCAGCAACAGCAAAUGGGAAUGGGUCAGCCCAUCUACAGAACCUACCAACAGCCAAUCUACAAUCCCUACAACACAUAUCCUGGCCAAGUCUUCAUCUAA